CUAAGGUUUCCACCUUCCAGCCUUCUUCCCAUUCACCAAUGCACUAGCAAUUUCUGGAGCCUAUCACAAAUCCGGCUGCAGUCAUCCUUAUGAAGUGUACAAAAUCUGAAGCUGCACCCUCUCAGCGUCGUCCCAGAGUAGGGAAAAAGAACGGCCAAAUGCCAAUGCUGAGUACUGGACGAUGCACCGUUGACCUUUCUGGGCAGGAAGAAGAUGGCGCCCUGCAAUUUUGCCAAGUGGGUGGGCGCUUAAAAAGUAUGAAAGGAUUUUUUUAAAAAAAUGAAAAACCAAAACCGAUUGUUUGCUAAGAAAGAAAGUGUAUUUACUGUUUUGCAAGAAACCACCUUAACGUUAAACAAACGAGGAAAAGAGCGCGCGCGUCGUCUUCCGUAGGGCUGGCUGCGCCUCGACGGGGCCAAAGUCCCCUUGUCAGGCCUAGCGCGGUAGCAGCAACGUUGGCCGGACGGGUGCUUGCUUUGCCGUCUGGGAUCCUGGCUCCCGUCCCGUUCGCCUUCUGGCAACCUGGCGGGGUGCCCGGGGUGGAGCGGGGCAGGUGAGCUGAGCCGCGACGGCGCGGCAGGCGUGUCCCGGGCGGGGAGGGCGGCCCAUCCGACUAACCCCCCGCCCGGCGCGUCCGCUCGGCCAGUGCUAGCCCGCCAGCCUCCCCCGACGGUCUUCCAGCCAGCAGCCAGCAUGUACGGCGUCCAGCAACAGAUCCAGCCGACGCCUCUGCCGCCGUUCGCCCGGCCGCAGCCUCCCUGCUAUGAGCCGCCGGUCCCCUGCUACGCGCCGCCCCCGCAGGCCCCCUCCCGGCCCUGCUUCGAGCCCUGCGGCCCGCCGACGAUCUCCAGGCCUCUGCCAGUCCAGACGUGUCCGGCCCCAAAGCCGGUGGUGACUUCCAGGCCCUGCUUCGAGCCCUGCGGCCCGCCGACGCUACCCCGCCCGCUGCCCCCUCAGACGUGCCCGGCUCCGCUCCCGGCCGCGUUGCCCCGCGCCCGGCAGAACCGGCCCGCGCCGCUGCCCUUGCAGUGCCAGCCUUGCCCGGAGCCGCUGCCCUUGCAGAGCCAGGACGGCUGCAACAGCGGAGGCAGCGUGGUGUACGAACGCGUCCGGACUUACAGCAGCCCCGGCGGGAAACGUGUGCAGCAGCUCCUGGACCCUCCCAACGGUUGCUCGCCCCGGCCGUGCUCCCCCUUCGAGACCAGCCCGGGUUACCAGCAUGUCAUCUGGAGCAGCGACCCGCCGCUGCAGGAAGUCUCAUCUCCAUCCUUGAAAUUGUCUCCUUAUUCCCAAGGCUCUGUCCGGAGGGUUAUAUUAGAGAAUCCUGGCCAGGAACCUCUGUCUCCACUUCUGAGAGAUGGAAAUAAGGUGAUAUAUGAAAAGACAAUCAGGAAAUAUGAGCUGCUAAAUCCAGAUCAGGAAAAGCAGUACCAAUUUGGCCUCCAGCACACCCAACCCGACCAGUGCCAAAUCAGCCAACCAGUGGAACAUGUCCAAGUGGUCCAACAAUGCCAGCAAUCCCAGAUGGGCAAUCCCUAUGACAUCACUCCAAUCUGUGUCAAUGACGUCGGAAAUGGGAACGUGAAGAAGGUCACCAUUCAGACCUAUGAACCAGUGAAAUGCAUUAAUGAGAUAAAUGACCAGCUGGACUGUCGAUACUUUGGCGAGCUGCUGGCAGAACUGCACCACAAGAGCAGCAACCUCUACAGCUGUUUGCUGCAGCAUGUCGAAAAGCUAGGCGGAAGGAGAUGUGAAAUUGACUGUCUAAGUCAAACGGAAGAUAUUGAGAGUUUGAUUCCUAAAGGGCUUUCGGAAUCAACAAAGCAACAAAUCCGAUAUCUCCUGGAGAUGAGAGUAACAGCUGAUAAGUCAAUAAGACUUGUCCUUGCUACGUUCAAUAACCUUCGAGAGGAGCUUGUCCAUCUUCAGGAUGAUUUAGGGAAUCUGGAAAUGAACAAAGGGUUGCUUGAGAAAGACCUGGUUUUUAAAGAGGCUCAAGUAAAGGAGUAUGAAGCACUCUUGGCAUCGGUGCGAGAGAAUAAUCGCCAACAGCAGCAAGCCCUCAGAGAGUACACUCUGAAAUGCCGCUCACUGGAAGAACAGCUCCUUUCUCUUCGGCACAACGAUGGAGACCGAGAGUUCCGGCUGAAAGACCUGGAAUACAGCAAGCGAGCCUUGGAGCAAGAACUGCAGAAUCUGAGACUCCAGGCUUCCUCUAAUCCUCUGGGCCAGACUACCACUGAUGAACUAUCCAGCCGCUACGUGGAGAUGAUCAACCAGCUUAGGGAGGAUAAAGACAGGGAGAUCCGCAGCCUGAGGUCCCAGGUAUGUGAAUUCCAACGGGACUUUUCAAGGAAGCAAGGAUGUGAUGUUGACCUCCAGAUGAGGCUGCAGGACUUAAUCGUGAAGCUGGAAGAGCGAGAGGCUUCCAUUAAGCAGCUGGAAGAGGAACUCUUCAGGUUGAGGCAAGAAAAACUAGCAACCAAUUCAUCCCAAGGAAUAACAAAGACAAUCAUCACUAAAAAGUACAGGAAUCAGUACCCCAUCCUUGGACUCUUGUCUGAUGACUACAAUGUCACAUCAUCACCCGUCAAGGAAUCACAGACAAUUGUAAUUGAAAAAACUGGAGAAGUGUGGAAGCAGGAAUGAAUAAGCCCUCCCCGGAUAAGUCAGAGGAGUUCGUCUGAAAACGAAUGAUGUUACAUUAUUUUUCUGCUUGGUUUUUUCCCCUGUUCCCCCCCCCCCUGUUGCUUCAAGCCUGAAACUCAUAACAGUCAUGGUUGGAAGAAAAGCAUUACCAGCAUUACCUGACUGGUGUAGAUGGGUGGGACGGUGAAGACUUGGCUUUGACUGUUCAAACGAGUGGUUUUCAAAUUUUCUUCCUUUAGUCUGAAUCAUGUCAGCUCAUCAGCUGAGAAACUCUGGUGUGUGUUGAAAAGGAGUAUGAGGCGCAUGGUAGGGUGUAUAGAGUUCAUGCAAGGGACUGGCUAGACUUGUUUGUCGUCCCCAUUGACCAAUGGGAACUGAGAAUGUGACCUAGAAAACACCCAGUCCUCUCCUGGUGCUGCCCACUGCAAGGAGAUCAGUAGCACUGCAUAAACAGUUUUCCAGGAAAGCUCAUAGCAGAUGCUCUGCUACUGAGUUAUGAACCAGUCUUCUUACUGAGGGCUGCUAAAUGUAAAUGUACUGCCUUCAAGUCAAUUCCGACUUAUGGAGACCCUAUGAAGAGGAUUUUCACGAGGCUGAGAGGCAGUGACUGGCCCAAGGUUACCCAGUGAGCUUCAUGGCUAUGUGGGGAUUUGAACCCUGGUCUCCCAGGUCAUAGUCCAACACCUUAACCACUACACCACGCUAGUGUUCCCUAAAAUGCAGUUUGACAGCCAUUAUAGUACACCGUCUAUUUGAUGGAUAAUUUUUUUCCAUAUAAUCUCACUAACAAUUACUGUCCUUUUCAAAACCAGGCACGCAUUCAUGGUGAUAACUGUUGUUAUGCUUUGACUAAAGUCCCCUUUAAAGAGUUCAGGUGUGCCACUUUUGAAGUCUAACGUCUGUAGUUGAUUUUGUCACAUUGCAGUGUAAGGUCAAAGUGGCAAAACUGAACAAUCAAGGUGGAGAUGUAUAUAGCAAACCUGCUUGUAUGCUUUCUGUGGUGUAAAGGGUGGGGGGAAUCUAACAUGUUGGGAAAGUGAAUUGACUAGAAAGGCGGCUGUUCGGUGUAUACGCUGUGGUCAGUGUAAGUUGGAGAUUAUUAAGGGGUGCCAUCCAGAGCAAAUUAGAUGAUGUCUUGGAAAUGGUGUGAUGACCCAGUUGAUUUUGAGCUCACCACUACUCUGCUGGUUUGCGUGACCACAUUGGGGGGCUUUUCCUUCCAUAAAAGUCAUACCAUGUUCUCCUCGAGCUAAUGGUGGUGAGGAGCAACUCCUCCAAAACACCUGCACAGAUGUAGCUUAAUAAUGGUGGAUAGAGGGCCACUGAUGCGUUCACAGACAACGUGUAUUAACUAUGCACUUAAGACUCACUGAUUUUUCAAUGGGCUGUAUGUGCAUGUAUCUUCCUCUGGAUCGCGCUCAUUAUAAAUGAAAAACUUGCGAGGUGCCAUUGCGGGAAGGCUGCAAACAACUUUCUCAGAAUCAGCCUAGUGAUUUGGUGUUAAACACUCAUAGUGGUGCAUCUGCCAAAAUAACAUCAUGUUCUCUGAUGCCACACUGGUGUUGCCGCUAGUAUUCUUGCAAUUGUUUAGCCUUUCCAUAAGGCCAAUGGGUGUUAAGCACAGAAUGUGGAAUUGAUAAGUCACUACUGCUAUGGUCACUCUUCCAAGGGAAUGAGAGCACCAAUUAAAAAAAAAAGCAAUAAUGAUAAUGUGCUUUGGAGGGAUGUGGCAGGUGAUUAAUAUUACAGGACAGCUCUUCACGGACUAAUCUUUUAAGCAACUAUUAUCACAUUUGUUUUACCAAUUGUGAGAAGUAUUUUCUCAAUAUUGCAUCAUUUCCUGUUUUGCAUGUAUAGCCUUUUUUUCUUCUUCAGCCCUCUAUACUGACCCCCCACCCAGUUUUGUCCAGUAAAGCUGUUUUGUUAACAAAAUAACAACAAUUUUACCCUAAAAAUAAAAUCCUGAAACUCUGGAUCAGAACCUACAAAAUCUUGUAUGCUCUUACUGGGACAGCAAUUCCCAUUCAACUUGUGGGACUGACACCUGAGUAAAUAUGGAGAGGAUUAAGCUGAAUGUCAGUGACAGUUGCAUUUUUAGAAUUUAGCUUUGAUGAACUGAAAAAAAGAAAUAGCUGAAUGUCUCUGAACAUCAAGAUUUCAAAGCAAUUUGAAAUUUUCAUGGAAAUUAAAUUUCCAGAGUGGUGGAUGGUUUCUUUUUUUUAUGUGAGAAAGCCUGCCUUGGAAAAAGAGCUAGGGGCUAUUUUUAUUAUUCAUGAGGCAAUUAAUUAAUUGGGGAAUUGUUAGUGCUAUGACCACAAAAUGUUCCUGAGUUGCUUCUGCUAAAACAGCAGAAUGUAAAGACAGCAAAAUGGAGAGGUCUUGGUAAAGCUUAGUGUAGAAGUUCCUGCAAGCGAUAGGUCACAAUGGCCCACUUUGCACACCGCAUUUUAAUCAUAGUUUAUUUAAAACUGUGGUUUUAACACGAGUGAGCAGCGUGCUCAUGCACACUGCUCAAAAGUUGCCGAGUCAUUGCUCCCCCACCGAUAUCUGUCCUACAACAGGAGGGAAACAAACCAGAGACUGUCUUUGGGUUAUGUGCAAGCCAGUGCUCAUGGCUUGUUUUUGCCCAAACCAACCACGACUGAGAAGCCAAGGUUUGUUCUUGGUUUUCUGAUCAUGGUUUGGGGGAAAUAAGCCAUGAGCACUUGUUCACAUAUACUGCUCUGUCUCCUUCCUGGCACAGCAGAAGGUUAACAGCGGGUGGAGCGACUCAGGAACUUCACACGCAAUCAGUUUAAACUGUGGCUUAGGGUAGCAUGUAAACCAUCUCCGUUUCUGAUCCACACUUGGCACAUGCUUUUCCCGCCCCUUAUGUUUGUAUUCCCAGGCAAGCAGCAAAAGACACGUUGAUCCACCUCUGGUGGGCUUCCAUUUACGGUUUGUGGACUGCCAUCAGAACUUGCAUUGGCAUACUUUUUGGUACAAUGAAGGCAUUUUAGAAAUAAAAAAAGAUGAGAGGGGAAUAAUCGGUGUAAGAAAUAAAGUAUCAGAUCUUAUUUCACAUCAAGAAGGUUUCCAUUAGAAAUGAACUGGGCAUUUUCUGUUUUUCCAGAAUAAACUUUGAAGCUCAUCUCUCUGUUGUUGUUUUUUAAAUAUUGGCUUCCCAGAUUUCAGCAAAGUAGAGGCUCACCCAAGGAGCAAAGUCAACUGGGAACCCUAUGAAACAAACAUAAAUUGGGCAAGCACGUUUGGCACACUUCCCCAUCAUUUUACUAGAACAUUGGCUGGAGAUGUUCAGUUUUGUGGCUAAAAAUUGUGCAGAGGUGGUGUUGGUUAUGCAGCUACAAAAUAUCACUUUGUUAGGUUUCUGUAAGGAUUUACUUUGUGGGUAUGUGGGCUCUCCCUCCUCUUUCUUUUCUCACAGCCUGGUGGAUGGUGGCCAUCUUGGAGUCAACACAUGCAGCCUGUAUCUGUAUCAAUAAGCCCUUACAGUUUACAGGGGCAAACCUGCCUAUAUAUUUGUUAAAAUAAAAUAAAGAUAUGUGAAAACAUGA